GGAGAUGGUCUUUUAGAUAUGAGGUCCUAUAUUUACUCUAUUUAUAGACCCCAUAAGUUAAAGGACUAAAUAAAAAUGACACAUAGGAUUUUUAGCAAUUAUGGAGACCCCAUGAUCUUUUGGAGAUGUUCUUACCAAGAAGAUCUUAUUUAGACUUUCUCUUCCCCACAUGACAUGUCACAUUUCCCAAUGACUGCAUUGAAAAUGAAAUUUUGGUGAAAAAAGUAGUAAAUUCUACGUGUCAUACCUUUUUAUGACCUCCACACCUGGCUAGCAUUGGAGAUGCUCGUAGUUCAUUCUAUAUACAAAAAUACAAUGAAAGGGACAAUGUUGCAAAGAAAGAUUAGAUAAGUGUUAUCGAUCAACGUAUCUUCUCAAUCCGAGUGCAAACUUACGCGCUUCAUGUCUUCAUGCAUGUUAAUAAUGCAUCUUAACGUCACCACCAUCUUCUUCCUAUAAAAACACCAUUUACGUUUUUCUCAUCACUUCAUCUUCUUCCUCUCCCCAAAUCAAAUGAAAAACUCAUCUUUCUUCCUUCUCUCCUGAGUUUUUCAUCCUAAUGAUGAAAACUAUCAGAAACUCUAACUUUAGAUCAACAUUUCCUCAUCCCCAUUAAUGGAGAAUCUAAAUAUAGUAUAUAACUAUAAUCACUCUGUUCCAUUCUUCGACUUCCUAGACAAUUUUCUUUUCAAAGACAAAAGAAUUAUGGCCAAAAAGGCUAAAGCAUUAUCAGGAGAAGAAUCAUUGCGAUUGUCGGAUAAUCUUUAUCGUCUUGAGUUCGUCGAAAAUGGAGCUGAUGAUGAGGUAAUUCUAUUCAAACUCAAACAAUCCUCCGAAUCACCACCCUUCACCAAAAGUACUUUUAGACGUCGUUCUUCUUCUCGUUCUAGCCGUAGACAGAGUUUUGAUGAUAUGAAGGAUUCUUGUGGUCCUAAAAAUUCCGUUCUGAUCUCGGAAAUGAGUAAAGCUGAUCAGAUUUCUAAUGAAAUGACAUUCCCUUCUGGAGAGAAAAAGGAAAAUUUUAUUCAUUUCGAAGAUAAAAAACAGGUAGACAAAUACCAGAAUCAUCAAGAAAUAAACCAAAGUUCUUACCAUUUAACAAACACCAAGGCAUUUGAUGAUUCUUUAUCAAACUAUGCUCUGGAUUUGGUUUCAGGACUAGUGAUCAAAACCAUUGGAUUUCAACUCAACUUAUUUAUCAAUUUCUUCACUUUUCCACUUUGGUUCAUGUAUUGUUCAUUCAUGUUUGUCACCAAUCCAUUAGGCUUUGUCAAAUGGAUUUUGAAACGAACAACUAGGAAGUUCUUGAAUUUGGGUGGUGGAAUUGUUCCAUUUUUGUUUUACAAAGUAACCGGAGAAAAAUCAAUUAGAAAGUUGGGAAUAAAACUCGCUUGGGGAUUGCUCUGGUCAGCUUAUGUAUUUGCUGUGCUGUUCGGCAUUCUACUGUCCGGGUUCGUAAUUGGUGGGCUUGUUAUGGGGCACAUUGUUGAAGAACCGAUUAAAACGACCGAGGUGUUGAAUUUCGAUUACACAAAGAGUGCGCCAGUUGCUCUGGUACCAAUUACUGGGUGUCCUAGUCAUGAAGGUGACAAGUUUGAAGUUGGAAAUUACGUUGUAGGCGAGCCUUCGAUGCGAGUAAUUCCUCCUCAUCGUAACUUGAAGCUAACAGUCUCAUUGACAAUGCCAGAAUCUGACUACAAUAGGAAUCUUGGGGUCUUUCAGGUUAGAGUAGAUUCAUUAUCAGCAAAUGGUAUAGUCACAACAAGUUCAAGAUACCCCUGCAUGUUGAAAUUCAAAAGCCAGCUCCUGCGAUUUCUCGGAACAUCCAUUAAGAGUCUUCCCCUCCUGGCAGGCUUUUCAUCGGAAUCUCAAGUUCUUGACCUUGAGAUGAGGCAUUUAGCUAAUGAGGAAAAUGAACCAACAUCUUGCUUAAAGGUGGUCCUUGAACAAAGAGCUCAGUACAAGUCUGGCGCCGGUAUACCUGAAAUAUAUGCCGCAUCCAUGGUUCUUGAAACAGAACUUCCUCUAUAUAAAAUGAUGAUUUGGAAUUGGAGGAAGACAUUAUUUGUCUGGAUAAGUUUGGUUUCAUUUAUGACGGAGUUGGUCAUGAUUCUUUUAUGUUGUAGACCUAUUAUUCUUCCAAGAGGAAAGCCAAGAUUUUCUAGUUCUGCUGCUAAAAUUGGUGCUGGAAAGACUAUGCCUCUUAUUAAAGACUGCUGAUGAGAAGACAAAGGGAAGAAGUUUAUUUGAAGUCAGCUUAGUGCGCGAAGAAGUUUAUUUGGGUUCACAUAGGGAAGGACUGCUUAGUGCGCGAAGAAGUUUAUUGUCAGCUGCCCACAUGUACUCUAGAUUGUUUGUUGUAAUAAUUUAUUUCGACUUGGCCGGUAUGCAAUUUGUACUAGUCUUAGCUUUUGUUGUUGUUGUAUCAUUUAUGAUCACUGAAAUGUAUGGUUGAUCAAAUUUUAAUCGAAUAAAAGUGCUAACUAGGUUUGAGCAA